AUGGAGCCGUGGCGGCAUCUUGCCCCAUGGAUUAUUCCGCAGCGCCAGCUGCUUCAGGAAACGACUGACCGGAUGGCCCCCUGGUUGCGGGACAACCAGCAAUCCUCUCCAGACCCGCGAGUGAUGGUGCAGGAGGUCUGGUUCGACUCGAUGGACAGUGUCACCGGGGAUACACGGCGAUUGAUCUAUCGCGGCGCGGGUCGGUAUGCGGUGAUCCGCACCACCGCGGGGACCAAAUCCCCCACGAAUCGCACCCACGCAUUCUACAUCCCACUCUCCGGGAGUGAUCAUGGAGCCGGCGGCGUGUAUUUGGGUGAUGGAGGAGGUUGCGCUGAGCGCCAACGUCACCUUUCUGAUCAUUCAGCCUCAUUCGAGACUGGAGGUCGUGCCGCGAGAUGA